UUCGAUCCCUUCUCACCUACUUGGGGCCAAAAAUAACACCUGGAGCUUUGUCAAGUUCGUUCCCUUUCUUAUUGAAACAACUGAACCGUACUAUUCACGAGCGAACCAGUACGUCAGUAUAUGCAAGUAGACACAUAUAAAGCCUCAACUUUUUUUGCUAUAUUGGCCUCGCAGAAUGAUUCCUGUACAUUCCUCACUCAUCCUCCUUGUUGCGCUAAGCAAACUCUGUAACACGGCUCCCGCCGUUUCAAGUGGUAGUAUCACUGAAAGUGUAUCGGCGAUCCCUUCAUCCACGGACUCUGCUGCACUUUCGGUGACCACUGUACCGUUCGCCAGCACUGAUCCCAAUGAGCCUCUUUGGAACAUUGACAGUCCCGACUCUGCCCCAAGUCCAGUGCGCGGCUCUCUAGGAGCCUCCAUCAUUGGUCCAGAUAACAUACCCAUGGACCUGGAGAAUGCUGAUUUGUUUGCGCCACCCACUUCUGAUAAUGGCGAUACGGGCAACUCUAAAUGGCCCUUUGCUUUGAGCCAUAAUCGCCUUCAAACCGGAGGCUGGGCAAGACAGGAGAAUAUCGAUGUAAUGCCUAUUGCGACAGCAAUGGCCAGUGUCGAUAUGCGUUUAGAAGCUGGUGCUAUUCGGGAGCUCCAUUGGCACAAGACCUCGGAAUGGGCGUAUGUCCUCAAAGGUACCAGCCAGAUCACAGCUGUUGACACUGAAGGUCGGAAUUUCAUUGCCAAUGUACGCGCGGGUGACCUGUGGUUUUUCCCUCCUGGAAUCCCGCACUCCAUUCAAGCUACUGGAGACGACCCAGAUGGGACUGAAUUCCUUUUGAUCUUCGAUGACGGUGCCUUCAGCGAGGAUUCUACAUUCUUGCUGACUGAUUGGCUUGCACAUGUUCCCGCGGAAGUCAUCUCAAAGAAUUUCCAAGUGAAUAACUCUGAGGCAUUUGCGCACAUUCCCGACAAGGAGCUGUACAUUUUCCCCAGUGUCGUACCACCUGAUGAUCAACAAGCCCCGAUCAGUCCGCAAGGGACAAUCCCUCAAUCAUAUGCGUUUUCUCUGUCGAGUCUCAACGCGACUCAGCUUUCUGGCGGUUCAGUGAAAAUCGUGGAUUCAACAAUCUUCCCCAUAUCGACCACAAUUGCUGCAGCAGAAGUGACUGUUGAGCCAGGAGCAAUGCGUGAACUCCAUUGGCAUCCGACCAUGGAUGAAUGGAGCUUCUUCUUAGAAGGAACCGGGCGCGUUACAGUCUUUGCUUCGCAAAGCAAUGCCCGGACAUUCAAUUAUCAGGCUGGAGAUAUCGGUUAUGUUCCUACUGCAAUGGGACAUUACGUGGAAAACACUGGCAAUACAACCUUACGGUUCCUUGAAAUUUUCAACUCAGAUCGAUUCCAAGAUAUUAGUUUAAAUCAGUGGCUGGCACUGACACCUCCUUCUCUGGUGAAAGCUCACCUGAACCUUGAUGACGAGACAAUUGCACAGCUAUCGAAGACCAAACCAAUAGUCAUUGGGUGAUCACUACCGAACAUCCUCAAAACAUAGACAUUGAUCACGAAUAGAUGUGUAUUG